AUGGAUCAAAAUAAUUUCGACAUGCCGAACGUAGCUCACUUUUUUGAGGGCGUUGAAAAGCUAUUGGAAAUAUGUUUCGACGAGAGCUCGAGUCCCAACGGCGACUUACGCAAUAUAACCAGAGGUGAAUGGGAGAACCUGCUGUGCCACGUGAAAUGCGAAAUAAUUAGCUAUAUUAAGAACGAUUCAAUAGAUGCCUUCCUCUUAAGCGAGAGCAGCAUGUUCGUCUCGAAGCGUAGAUGGAUACUGAAGACCUGUGGGACAACAACGCCGCUGAAGUGCCUGGAACAAUUGCUCCAAUUGGCCAAACUAGAGGGAUAUCAUGUGAUAAGCGAUAUAUUCUACUCGAGAAAGAAUUUUACAAGACCCGAAAUCCAAAUGUCCCCGCAUGAGGGAUUCUUUGAGGAGGUUACCUAUUUAGAUACAAUAUUUCCCGAAGGCAGAUCAUAUUGCCUUGGCUCCAUUAAUCUAGAAUGUUGGUAUUUGUAUACAUUCAGUAAGCCCGAAUUAAAAGCACUGCCACAUCUAAUUGUCGAGGAGAAGAGCACGGAUGCCGAUCCAGAUCAAACAAUCGAGAUUCUUAUGCAAGAUCUCGAUAAAGACAUUAUGUCUGCCUUUACCAAGAGCAAAUUCACCACGGGCCGCGAGGUGACAGCGUACUCUGGCAUUGACAAAAUAUUGCCCGAAAUGCAUAUCGAUGACUUUCUGUUCGAUCCGUGUGGCUACUCGAUGAACGGGAUCCGUGAAAACGGUGAAUACAUGACCAUUCACAUCACACCCGAGGAGAAGUUCUCCUAUGUGAGCUUCGAGAGCAAUGUGGCGCUCAACAACUAUACGAAAUUGAUAUCUCAGGUGAUCAAGACGUUCAAGCCGGGCAAAUUUAUUGUCACCAUCUUUGCGAACAAGUCGUCGCUGGCGUACGAGACCAUGAAGGAACUGGAGAUCGAAUACUCAACACUCUCGAACUGGAGGCGUACCGAUAUGCAGUGCUGCAAUUUCCCAUCCUACAAUCUCUUAUUUGCCCAAUAUUCACGCGCGUUGGAAAAAGUUUUAUGAUCUACUACUGGUCGUCUCUGCAAUUCCAAAAUGUAUUGUGCAAUAAUAUCAAAAUUGAUUGUUAAUAAAUCAUCUGUUAAAACGUAA